CGAGCUGUUGUGGCGGCGCCACCAUCGUGACCGCACGGACGUGGCCUAACGGCGAACACUUGUAGCGAGCGUUAGCGAGCAUCUUGCCCACCUGCCCCGCACAGGGACUCCUCGCCCGCCAACCAGCGGUGGAUGCUGACAGCAAAGUGGGCUAACAUUCGAGAUAAGAAAAACUCGCGUUGAGUAACUGCAUCAUUUGGCUUCGUUUCGAAUUUGGGAAGAUAGGCUUCCGAGAAAAAGUUGAAACAAAAUCUGUUUGAUAUCUGAAGUGUUUUCUAGAGAGACAACGAGUGAGAGAAGGAGCUAGAUUCGUUUGAUUGUUUCAGUCGUCUUAAAGAGAUGCUUUGGCUACCUCUCUGCUUGCACGCUAAUAGAGCGUUACGAGCCGGAGCAUAGUCUACUCUACACGAAGUUCACGUGUGUGUGAAAAAAAAAAAAAGGACCGCUAGUCUUGAGUGCACGUGUGUGUGCUGGUGCGCGCUCGCGCGGAACUCCGUGAUACAGAGGAUUUAUAACACCUGCGGGAGGGUAACAACAAAAUGACAAGUCGGCAGUGGUUGUCACGUGGAGGAGUGACCACAGUCCCUGUCUCUCACGACAGACCGGCAAGUGGCUACCUAGGGAUUGUUUCCUCAGAACAGGAACACAGAGAAAGGCAGCUGAAGCGAUUUUCCGCCAUGCAGAACAGCGAGCAGCAUAAACAUCCAGAGCACGCCAUACUGGACAUCCCUGAACCAGACUACGACCCUGAUGCUCAGGAAGGAUCACGCAAUUCCAUUGCCUUUGUGGAGAAAUUCAAAAAUGUCAUUUGCAACAUCCACAUAGAGGAACUGUACAGAAACAUUCCAGAGCCAGAUCCGGACUACCAGAAUGAUAAUGAUGAUGACCUGCCCCCAACCCCAUCCCCUCUUGGCACAGAGGAAGUAUCUCAGUCCUCAAGCAGCAACACCUCUGCCACCGCUACCUCCUCCAAUUCAGGACCAACCAUCAUCAGAGUCAAAAAUGGUAGUAUAAGUUCCCUUGAAGAUGAAGGAGAACAGAUACAGCCUCGCAAACUGUCCAACCCUUGUGUGGAGUCUCGUGAACGGCAAGCUCUGCACAAAGAACUGCUGAUGAAUUACAGGCUGGGCAAGGAUGUGCUAAAGAAGCCAGAGCUGGAGAAGAUGAUGCAGAUGAGGAAGGAUGCACAGAAGCGGAAAGAGUGGGAGGAGCAGAAGGCGAGCAAAAGGACUAGCUUUGAGCUCAUGAUGGAGGAGAGAGCCAAUCGGCUGAAGGCAGAUGAAGAUAAAAUGAAACCAAUUCAGGAGAAGGAAGACAGCGCUCCAGAAUUACUACGCAUACACCGCAAGAUCACCAGCAAACCCCCAUCUUAAUGCCUUUUUACCCCUCAAGCUCUUUCGUGACCAUAUUGACAUGGCUGUCUGUGAAACACCUCAUUUUAUUUCCCUACCUUCCCUCUCAUGUUGCACUUGGUGUCCUGGGUGGAAAUUGCUACAGUGCGAGUGAUUGAAAAUCACCAAAUGUGCUUUGUUUUCAAUGUAAAAAGUUUUAUUCAUGCAUCUUGGGACAGUGGAGAAAGCUUCUGGUCAUGCUGCUUGGAUAAUGACUUGGUUUGUGUGCUUUUGCAAAGUUUGCCUGGAUGAUUAUGGGCUUCCUGGAAAGCCACGGUUUGUGACAACGAUAAAAGCAGAUGAAACUAAUGUGAUGAGUUCUAACUUGUGAUUCUUAUCUCGCAAGAAGAAAUGGCUAUGACAAGACCAUCAUCUUUCACCGCAGGAUGAAUAAUGUUUAUCAAGGGGAACAAAACUAGAUUUGGCCUGCACAGUUGGUGCCUUGUUCUUUCUCUUCUCGUCACCAUGCUCCCACCCACUAGUGUUCAUCCUACCCUGUUCUCAUUUGUACUUCCAUUUUCAUUGGAGCCAGCAGAAGAAAACCAACGGUGGGAAGGUAUGGCCAGGAAAAUGACCACAGUGAAAUGGCGGGACCACAGGUGCCUCACGACUCGCCACCAGCUUGACUGCUCAGAAGCUGGAGAACUUCAAGCCACAAAUAGAAAGAGAGUUAUUCAUUACACUGCCAGCUUCAUCUGAGAGCAAAGAGAAACUUCAUUGAUCUACCACAAAAUGAAUUUUUCUUUAUGGUUCUGGUAUGUUUCACUCACAGAUAACUUUGAUGUUUGCAUGCAGGUGACUCUGAGUAGGGAAAGUGCCGGUAAAUGCCAAUUUUUAAUUGUUUCAAAACAUGUUAUUUUUGAAUGCCAGUUUUUUUGAAUGUCUUUUGUAAAAAUGACAGUUUGAGCUAUACUGAUUUAGUAAAAUUUGCACAAUUCAAGUUAGCUGUCUGUCUCAAACUGAAAGAUUUUUACUUUUGGAACUGCAGUUUAUGACAUAGAUAAUUGUUAGUGAGAAAGCAAACCUUUUAAAUAGCACAAUUUAUGCUGAAACAAAAGUUUUUAAAAAAAGAUGCAAGGAGAGGCUGUAUUAUUUCUGACAAUGGUUACAAGAUGUUCAAAAUAACUAUACCAGAAACCGAAGCAAUGACAUGCAUGCGAGAGACAUGCUAGUGUGAUUUGAGGCUCCAGAAUACUUACUAAUAUUAGUCCUGAUGCCUUUAGGACAGGCAGUAGUUUAUAAGAAGGCACCAGGGAAUAAAAAAAUUUUUUGUCAAUUUUUACCAAUAGGGAAAUCUAGAUCUUGCAAACAUGUAGAGGAUUUUACGGCAGUUCAGUUUUACAAAGAAUACAUAGAUGUAACUACAGCUUUGUGUACAGCAGGCUCAGCGUGCUGCUUGCUUGUUAGAGUUCUUUGCAAAGGGGAGAUUGUUCACACACGGCUGAAAACCAAGUUCAUUGACACAAGGACACUUUAUUUUUGUCAGCAAUAUGUUAUCCUUAGAAAAGUCCCCACCAUGGUUGGCUAUCUGUUAACAAUUUCUAAUCCUUAUUGAUUAGCCAAGAUUUCCCAUUAUUUUGUAAUGCACAGUUUACAGUCAGUGAUGAAGGUCAAACCACACUGUUAACUUUCCUUUUCAGCUCUUCUUUCGCUGGAGUGUGUGUGCACACACACACACAUUCACAUUCACACUCUUUUCACACAGUUUUUUUAGCCUCAUACCUCAUGCCUGCUUGCUUCUGUUGUACGUCCUGCCCUGAUCUAGUUCUAUAUGUAGUCUUUAUAAAGAUGCUAUUUCAAAUAACAGGUGUAUUAAAGAAAACAAGCCUUUAAUUAAUGUGACCAUGUAAUCUGUCAUCUGGAUUUAUAAUGAGCUGUAUGUGCCUCCACCAUUAUAAGUUCUGUUGUGCCCCCUAAGCAAAAAAUAAAGCCAGAUGCUGUGGUUCAAGGAUCUACAGCCAAAAGCUGUCUCAUGUAAAAUCAUGUUUUUUCUGCCAUAUGCUGUUCUUGUAAGAUAGUUUUUCUGUGUGAGAGAGAUUCAUGUACAUUAAAUCUAUAUUUUUCAGAAAUCCCUACUUAUCUGCUAAAUGAGAUUUCAAAACUCUUGGAGUAAACGUGAAGAUUUUCUUUAUGUUGCAUGUUUAUAUCACAUUUCAAUUUUUUGUUUUUAAAUCUUUUAGCUAUCUUUGCCAUAGCACCUUAAUGUACAUAUGUAGCCUGAUUAUAUGUAUGUAUUUUGUUCAAGCUACCAUUAUGUUUUAAUAGCAAAUUAGCAGGCUGCUCUGUGCCAAGCAUCUAUGAGCAGCUGCUGUCUGUGUGGACCAGUCCUGCCCUUGCAUUUUCUAAAAUGCCCCUAAGAGAUGCAUAUUCCCAUGGAUGGACAUUUGUUGACCAGCCUUAUGUAUACACUUUAUUUGAGAAUGUAGUUUUGGUGCUAGCGUUUUGUUAUUUGAUUUUUGGAUGGAUUUGGUUUUUUUGGGUUUUUUUUUUAAGUUAAAAAAUUGUUGGUGCUCCUUCUUUGUCCAGUGAUCUUGUAAUUUUCAUGUGCAUGCUGACUACAGCACUGUUUUACUUGUCUGUAAUCAAUUAGGUACAUUUACUUGUCUGUUAUCAAUACAUUUACUUUGCAGAAAGUUGUCAGAAUUUUUUCAAAAUUUCAGUUCUAAUGCCUGAUAAAGUAUAUAUUUUUGGGUUUGUAUUUUUUAGGCUGCUGUGAGGUUUGAUAAGCAGCAGUCUAGUAAAUUUGUUUUAAUGGAAAAAACACUUCUCAUAAAGAACGUAAUGUAAAGUCUGCUAAUUGUUAACAUACUAUAAUUACAGUAACAUACUCAGUAACAUACUGGUUACAGAAGGAUAAGGCAUUCGAAAAAAAUAUAUGUGCACAUGCUAUAGGACCCUGAAUGAAGAAUUUUGGAGGGAUUUUUUUUUUUUUGGUCAUGCUUUGUUUUUUGCAUCAGAAUGUUAAAAUAAAAACUCUUGUUAUUCUUCUCUAGGGUUUCCCCCCCUUGAUUUUUGGUUGAAAUUCCCCCUUUCCCAUAAGUAUGCUGGUUUUGUGCUUCCAUGUCAGUGGUUUUCUGGGUUUCAAGAUUCUUUUUUUUCUGCCUUAACAAAAGUAACAAAGGUGGAUCUUUGAAAUAUGCUGCACAGUUGAAAGUGUUUGAAUCUUUUGUAUGUGUGAAUGUUUUGCAAUGGAACUGGACAAUAAUGUUACAAGAGAGGAUACAUGUGCUCUAUAUUUUGGUUUCUAAUGAUAGAGAGCAGGUAUCUAACUUUUGUAUGACAGAAGGUGUUCUCCAUUUGUUGUACAACCAUCUGUGACUGUAAGGAGAACAUUGUUUAGAAACCCUGAACUUCUGAGAAGCUAUUUAAUUUUCAUCUGAUACUUUUAUUGAUAUCAAAAGGCAAAAUUUUGAGACUUUGCAGCGUUCCAAUUAAGCCUGUUCUCUGCCACACUGUUUAGUAGUCAUUUGCCACUUCUUGACCCUUUAGACACACAUAGGACUCCUACAGUCCAACAUAGUUUGUGUAACUUGGCGCUUACCUUACCAUACUUCUACACAAAAGCUCCACAGACAAAGGUUUUUUCCCCACCAUAUCCUGUGAGGAUCAAACCAGCUUCAGGAUGCUCACAGAUUUACUGCAACCCUGGAGCUUUUUCAAGUUCUAGCUUUUUUUUUAAAUUCAGUUUUACUUACUUUCUAUUUGGUAGGUAUGAUGCACUAGUUUAAUGAUGUUUCCAUAUUCAUCUCUCUAAACCACUUAUAGCAUGUUCCUUCAGGAAGUGCACCAUUUAUGACCAACAGGUGGAUGGGAAUUGCCUUCAAAUCAUUUAGAGAAGAUGAGAUAGAGAUUUAAUACUCUAAGCUGAAAAAUUGCAAUGGGCUUUUGAUAAGCAUCCAUUUCCUCAUGGGUACAUGACAGGCCUAUAAAGAAUCACAAAGUUACUUCCUGGUAAGCCAGGCACUUAGAAAACUUGAAACUAUUCCUAAAGAACAGCUUAGAAUUGUUUAUAUUAAUAACUCUAAUAACCAUAAGGUUCACGGGCCUAAAAGAUACCUAAUGUGUCUUUAUGUAAAGUCACGCUAUCUGAUAAUGGCCAUCACCUUCAUUGGAGCAAAUCUUUCAUGUAUCAUUUCACCACCACCACAGAAGUUGAAAGAACAUGUGGCCAGACUUUUUUUUAAUCCCAUAUGAUUUUUAAGACUUUGUGGGGGUGGGUGGGGCAGCUGGAGGGGAAAGGAAGUAAAGAAUAUUUGAUUGGGUAAAUGUACCUUAAAGUUGUUUUAUUAUAUUGUCAUGAUCUUUGUUCCUGCACAUAAUGUCUUACAUGUCACACUUCAUAAAUGUCCACUAGCUGUAGAUUAAUCAUGCCACAAAUGCCUUUAAGAAUUUAGUUUUGGAAGUUUGUUUUUGCAACUUUUUAUUCUGGGGGAACUCAUAGAGGUUUAUGGUAAAAGAAUAAAGUUUAUUGCAAUACUGGGCAUAAACUGUAUGAAAAUCAAACAAAAAAUAAACCACACAAAUUGCUCUCAAUAAGUUAACAUAUCCUAAAGUGUUAUUAAUAUGGUAAUAUAGUGGGCUCAGUGAUGUUGAGUAAGCAGCAAUGCAUCGAUUAGAAUCGAUAACCACACUGCACUUUACAUUAGGGUUUAUUUCAUGGCUGCUAUCUGUAUUAUAUGCUUUUUCUUUACACAUUUUACAGUGUGCAGAAAUAUGUUCAUAUGGUUUUAUAGUAGCAGUAAAAACCACAUAAUGACUACCAGCCUUUAGCUAACUAGCAGACUAAUUUUUUUUUUUUUAACCAAUUCUGUUCCACAAUUAUGUGCACUUUUUAGAGAUUGGGACAGACAAAAUUGUUAUUGCUUUAUGAUCUGCAUUUUGUUGGACCUUUUAAAAUUUUUCUGAAAAGAACUGAAAAUGUUAAAAUAUAUUUAAAAAAAUCAGAGUACUCAUAUUUUGAACUGCAGAAUAUUAUUUCAGUAUUUAAUUGACCAGAAUUUAUAUACAAGCCUUGUUUCUGGCUUCAGUGAUUAAAACUUUGUCUGCAUUUUUUUCAAGGAAUUGAUUUUUGCAGCUGUCCUUUAUUAACAUGCAAAAAAAUAGUAUCGUGCUGUUGGUUUCUCAUGGGAAGUUUUUUGUUCCUUAAAAGAAAGCUAUUUGGUCAAUGAUAUGAAACAUUAAAAUUUAUUUUCUACCAUAAUAAUGUCGAUUCAUGCAGGUCAUCAAGUGUCUUAUGGUCCUGUAUGUUUGAAAAAAGGAAAUUUGGUUCAUCGUGUUCUUAAAGAGUGUUUUAUUUGACAAAGCUCCUGCUAAAUAUUUCUUUAAACUGAUCUGUAAUUUCCAGCUAAAUAUCAAAAUCCCUCCCCUUCCAAAAUUGCCAUGAUAUAGCCUUAGUUGCUGGCAUGGCAUAAAACACCAAAAAACAAACAAUCCCCUUCCA